AUGGCAUUGGAGAUGUGGAAAGCUGGCUCGGUCAAAAUCCACUAUUCCAGUACUCUGGAGCUAUCGAUGUUCGUGCUCGAUGCUGGCGUCAAUUUAUUGGAGGAGGACCGCGCCGAUCUGUUUUACCUUACCCUUUCCGACUACAUCCAGCAUACGUAUGGCGCUGGCUCGAAAGAGUCUGACCACUUCUUGGCCGCCCUUGAUGUUGAUCCAGCUGGGCGCCCGCGUGUUCGUUACCGAAGAUCAUGGAAUGAGCGACAAAUAAAAAGCAGACGGCAUACAGAACCUGCCGUACCUCGAGGAUGUACCUGCAGACAAUUUUGGCGAUGGAGCAGCAGGAGUGAUUUGUCCCAUCACAGAUGCGUUGGUGCCACAUCACGGAGCUCUCGGCUCAUUCGUUCGCGUCAGCUUGAAGCGUGCAGGCGGUCUCAAUGAGGUCUCGCAGUUCUGCAAGUCUCUGCCGCAGGUCGAAGAGGCGAUUGCAGCACGCGAGGCUUACGACAAGUACGAGCUGCAUCCUGGCAAGGAAGGCAAUUUGAUUGUCAUACCUCGGAAACCUGCGGUCGUUGGCAGCCGGCAGGCUGAACACGACCUCUCCAAUCUCGGACAUCGUCGGUUGAGGUCUUAUGGUGGCGUCUCCGAACAGGACGUCCCCCUUAUGCUUUUGGGGCCAUCACGCGAAGCAGACGACCUCUGCGGGCAAUGGCACAAUCUUGACGCUUCCGACCUGCCUCUGAACUAG